GCACACAUUUUUAGCACGUCAGGCUAAUGCAAAUUACCUUACCCUUGGGAGACCAAAGCUCUGGCACACAAGAGAAGAGAUCGAAGCAAGCCAAAGUGUUGUUGUAAGUGCGUUAAAAGUGGCUUGGGAUAAACCAUCUGCCGGGUUUAAGAACCUGAACCAGCCCACAGCCGAGCUACAGAAUGGAGCAUCUCCGGCUCUUGCUGAUCGCCCUCUCGCUGACCCUGGCCCAUUCGGCCUACAACAGCGCAGGCGGACCACGGCCACCCCGUCCAGUGCGCACUGUUGAGCCGCUUUUGCAAUGGCAGCAGCUGGAGUACGGCUUCCCCACUGCCCAGGAUCGGCAGGACGCGCAGACAGCUGGAAAUCUGGUGCCCGAGAACGGGACCCCCAUCGAUGUGCAGGCGCAGCAUAUGGCCAAUGGCAUGGUGCGGGUGUUCACAACGAUUCCAAGAUUCGCCAACGGCAUCCCCUACACGCUGGCGACAGUCUCCGAUCAAGUGGGAGGGAAAGGCCCUCUGCUGCAACCCUAUCCCAGCUACUCCUGGCACAACGGCCAUGGCGAAAACUGUGAUCUGAUCACCUCGGCCUUCCGUGUGGCUAUCACUGAGUGCCAUCAGAUGUGGGUGAUCGACUCGGGCAUAAUUGGAACCGAUCAGCUGUGCCCACCACAGCUCCUGCAGUUCGACCUGAAAACCGAUAGCCUCCUGCACCGCUACCGUUUCCCCAACGACACCUACAUUCCACGGGGCUCGCUCUUCAUCACGCCGAGUGUCCUGGUGCAAGAUCCACCACCACGCGGCACCUGCAGCCGCACCAUGAUCUACAUUGCUGAUGUCAACUACCACGGUCUGGUCGUGUACGACCACCAGGCGAAUACCGCCUGGCGAGCCGAGAACCGCUUCAUGUACCCCGAUCCGGACUAUGGGCGCCACACUAUUGCCGACGAGAGCUUCGACCUGAUGGAUGGUCUCUUCUCGGUGAACAACGACAAGCGCAACCUAUACUUUCAUCCGCUGGCCAGCGUUGGAGAGUAUGCCGUGCCCCUAAGUGUGCUCAACCGAAGGGAGAACUGGGCGAGCGGAGUGGAGGCCAUGGCGGAUCAGUUUAAGCUACUGGGCAGGCGCAAGAGCGAGUGCGCCGCCUCGGCCAUCGACAGCAUGAACAAUGUCUACUGCGUCACUUUCAAUCCCAUCAAGCUGUUUGUGUGGAAUGUCAACACUCCCUACAGCUCGCGGAAUUUUGGCGCCCUGCCAGCCAAGUCCGAGGAUCUGCAAUUCGUCAGCGGCAUGAAGGUGGUCCGCAAUCCGGCCGGCUACGAGGAGCUUUGGCUGCUCUCCAACCGCUUUCAGAAAAUUUCUGCGGGAACACUGAACUCCAACGAAGUGAACUUCCGGAUUUUGCGCCGCAAACUGGAUGAUGUCCAGGGCGGCGUGUUUUUUGCCAGCGAUGAUGAGCUCUCCAACCGACUGGUGUUCAAACCAUGAGGGGGAAAUCAAUUGCUAAUAUAAUUCGUUAUACCCCUUA